GUCUAUGGUGACAAGUCUUACCGGUUUCUCUAACUCUAACACGAAGCCGACUUCUCUGCCGUUUGCAGGGGUCGUGAUUCAGAAGCUCUGUGACCACAAAGCUACACUCACCCCACCUCACCGGGCAAAACACCUAAGAUAACACUGUUAGGAUUGUUUUUUUAUUUGACUGCGAGUAUUUUACGAUAACGGUUCCAUCUUACGUGACUGGAAAAUGCAUCAUCAUCGGAGCAACACACCCUUGUCUUGGCCUAUCCAACAUAUUUCACAAGAAGAAGGAAUCGCACUGAGCUCUCUGUAAGGGUGCUUAUGCCAUACAAGAAAGCUACAAAUUCCUGUCCGGGGACUUUGGACAUACUGGGACAUUAAAGAUCCCAUCCAUUAGAUUUACUUAAUUCUUCAGCACCACGGUGCAACCUUGAAUUUGCAAUUGGAUGACAGUAGCAGGAUGUUUGACUGAUCAUCCAGGAAUAAAAACAGAUGUGAAUGGAAACAUGGAUAUCCUGCUCUAACUCUCUUCAUCACACCCUUAAAAUAAAGAUAGAUUAAUUGCGGAUCAACAGUAGUCAUGCACAGUCCAUCUCCUGACAUUGUGGCUGGGUACCCCAGUAGGUGUGUGGUGGAUAAAGAUGCCAAUCCAGAGACGACCCUGGGCAGUGCCUACUCUCCUGUGGACUACAUGAGCAUCACCAGCUUCCCCAGGCUGCCUGAGGACGACGCGCAGUCUGGGGAAAACACUUUAAAAUCUCGAAAAGAUGAUGACAACGUCCUCAGUGAGCAAGAUACAGACCCGGAUCUGUUUCUGAAAUCGGCUCGUCUGCAACGUCUCCCCUCCUCAGCUUCUGACCUGGCUAGCCAUGAUAUCGCAUCCCUGCGGGAGACCAAUAAAGAUCCUUUUACAGAAGACUGUGCCUGUCAGCGAGAUGGACUCACGGUCAUCAUCACAGCCUGCCUCACUUUUGCCACAGGAGUCACUGUAGCUCUUAUCAUGCAGAUCUACUUCGGAGACCCACAGAUCUAUAACCAAGGCGCAGUGGUGACGGAUGUGGCCCAGUGUACAUCUCUUGGCUUUGAAGUUCUGGGGAAACAGGGGUCCAGUGUCGAUGCAGCCAUCACCGCUGCCCUCUGUUUGGGAAUUGUCCACCCUCAUACUUCUGGUAUUGGAGGUGGUGGAGUUAUGUUGGUUCAUGACAUCCGAAAGAACGAGACGAGGAUAAUCGACUUUAGAGAGACGGCACCAUCUGCCAUUCAGGAGCAGAUGCUGCAUAUGGACCUUGAUCAAAAUCCGGGCCUGCUGGUGGGAGUACCAGGCAUGCUCAGCGGUAUGCAUCAAGCACACCAGCUCUAUGGCAGAAUGCCAUGGAAGGAUGUGGUUACCAUGGCAGCAGAUGUGGCCAGAAAUGGAUUUAAUGUAACUCACGACCUAGCUGAAGCACUGGCAAACGUUAAGGACCAAAACAUUUCGGACCUAUUUCGGGAAUUGUUCCUUCCAAAUGGCCAGGCUCCGCUCUCUGGGCUGUUCACCACACGUCUUGAUUUAGCAGCCAUCUUGGAUGCAGUUGCAGCUAACGGGAUGUUGGAGUUCUACAGUGGCAACCUGACGCAGGAGAUGGCAGCAGCAGUACAAGCAAGAGGCGGGGUGCUCACUGAGGAUGACUUUGGAAAUUACAGCACAGUCUUAGAGCAGCCAGCAGAGGUCAUCUAUCAAGGACACCAUGUGAUGGUGGCCCCGGCCCCACAUGCAGGUGUUGCCCUGAUCACUGCUCUAAACAUCCUGGAAGGCUACAACAUUACCAGCCAGGUGCCCAGGAACAACACCUACCAUUGGAUUGCAGAGGCUGUAAAGAUAGCUCUUGCCCUGGCUAGUGGGCUGGGAGACCCCAUGUAUGACACUUCUGUCUCGGAGAUUGUCACCAAGAUGCUGAGUAAAUCACAGGCCUCCAUACUCCGCCAGAUGAUCAACGACUCUCAGGCCUUCCCUGUCGGCCAUUACACUCCAUCAUUUACCAUGGAGAACAGUGCAGCAGCUGCCCAGGUCAUGGUCAUGGGCCCAGACGACCACAUUGUGUCAGUCAUGAGCUCUUUAAACAAACCAUUUGGCAGCGGGAUAGUGACUCCUUCAGGAAUCCUCCUAAAUAGCCAGAUACUGGACUUCUCCUGGCCUAAUAAAACACAGGGCUCAUCACUUAACCCGCAUAACAUCCUCCAGCCUGGAAAGAGGCCCAUGUCUUUCCUGAUGCCCACAGCAGUGAGGCCUGCCGUGGGGUUAUGUGGCACAUAUGUAGCCAUUGGAUCUUCCAAUGGGGAGAAAGCUCUCAGUGGCAUCACACAGGUGCUGAUGAAUGUGCUGUCCUCCCGUAAAAAUAUGAGUGACAGUUUAGCAUAUGGAAGGCUCCACCCACAUCUGCAGCCCAACACCCUGCUGGUAGACUCUGAGUUUCUAGAUGAAGACGUGGAGCUGCUGCGAGCCAAAGGUCACAAGGUGGAGAGGAGAGAUGUUCUCUCACUGGUUGAGGGAACCCGGAGAACCAAUGACCUUAUCAUAGGGGUGAAAGACCCACGUAGUGCUGAUGCCUCUGCCCUCACUAUGCCCGUGCCCUAGUCCACCCCCUUUCCCAAUACAGUAACACUGUAUGAUCGUUAGUGAGGGAGUAAGGAGGCUGCUUAUCACUUAAUACACUAAAUGUAGGUUAAUGUUGAAGAAAGGUUGUUUGACAGAAAGAAACUGUGACAAGAUUAUAUGGAGCCUAGUGUUUUGAUCAGUUUACACACAGAAAACUACAGAGGAUCAACAUCUCACAUGCUGGUGUCUGUAUUACUUCCUUCACAGCCUAGAGUUACGUUCAGUUGCCGUGUAGAUAGUCUUCAAAAUGUAUGUAAGACAUCACUUAAUGGCAUUAGUCAAGUCUGUAGCAUGUAUUGUGCAGAGCAGGGUGUGUCCAAAAAUGUAAAUUUGAUGCACUCAAGGUCCACUUGAAGAAAGCAAUACACUCAAUAGGUUUAGAGUGGAUUUACUUAGUGGGCAAGAGAAAAAACAAAAUGGAAGUUUAUCACACUGAAUAUCGCCUCAGGAAUUGUGAGGGAAAUUAAUAAUGAACAAAUUGAUUUUUAUCAAAUACAGGAUGAAUGAAUCUAAUUAUGCUACAUCAUUAAGCCACUAAUUAUAUUAUGUGCAUGGCCCUAUAUCUUUCUGCUUUUUGAUUAUUCUACAUUUCACCAUAAUUUGAAAGAACACAUAGGUUCACAUGGAAUGUUAAAGGUUAUAUGUAAACCACUAAUUAAGCCUUGUAUUGUCACACCUAAAAAUAUACUAUCUUAAACCAAAAAAAGAGGCUAAACCAUUCACUAUCCUUUUCUUUAAAUGGUGUUUUAACUGUGAUUAGAUGUUGUUUGGUAUAGCUGCUGGAGUUUUAACCGUUGCAAACAAUCUGGGGUUACGUACUGU